AUGCAGCUUCUGGAUCUCCAGAAAGGAAACCAAUCUGUUGAUGCAUAUCUCCGCCAAGCCAAGGCCAUUGCCGAUUCUUUAAUCUCCAUCAACAAGCCUGUUUCUGACGAAGACUUGGUCAUUGCUACUCUCCACGGCCUUGGACCAGAUUAUGGCAUGCUCCACACUGCACUCACCCAAAACCCACCUCUCCCUGACUUCUCUGAGCUCCGAGCUCGCAUCCUAUCCUUUGAAGCACAGCAGAUUGGUACAUCUGCCACUAGAAUGGCCACUGCGCUCUUCAAUCAUACCGCUCCUUCCCCACGCCGUGACCACCGCUCCUCGGCCCCUCGUCCUUCUCACUCCGGCGGCCGGUACUCCACGGGCCGGAAUUGCCGCAGUGGUGCGCGUCCGCCCUUUUUCCAGCAGCAGCAGUAUGCGUCUUUUCCACAGCACCAGCAGCAAUUCGCAUCCCAGCCUGGCCCCUUUUCUUCCCCUGCCUGGGUGCACCUCAGUGGUGCCCUAAUUGCCACUCCAACCAACAUGGGCUUCCUCAAUGCCCACACCGAUUCCCUGGCCCAAGCACUGCUGCUCCGUUUGCUGGAGUCCACUAUGCACCUGACCCCACUUGGUACCCAGAUACAGGCGCCACUCACCACAUGA